CCACCAAUAGCAAAGCGGCUUGGGAAACUCGCUCUCCAACCGGGGACGGCGUUGUUCACAUGUGCCGGGCUGAGGAGGCGGGGGCAGGGCUGGGGCGCCCGGGAGCGAGCAGAGCGACCAGAACCAGCUGAAGGACGUAACACUGUGCCAUGCUUCGUGAUGUCCUAGGAAAAACCUUUCGCUUUCUGGGGUACACUGUGCAGUAUGGCUGCAUAGCACAUUGUGCCUUUGAGUACCUUGGAGGAAUUGUUGUGUGUUCUGGACCUUCAAUGGAACCAACCAUUCAAAAUUCUGAUAUUGUCUUUUCGGAGAACCUUAGCCGCCACUUUUAUUGCAUUCGGAAAGGAGAUAUUGUUAUUGUGAAAAGCCCAAAUGACCCCAAAUCAAAUAUCUGUAAAAGAGUAAUUGGCUUGGAAGGGGAUAAAGUCUGCACAAGCAACCCUUCAGAUUUCCUUAAGAGUCACAGCUAUGUGCCUAAAGGACAUGUCUGGUUAGAAGGUGAUAAUCUCAGGAAUUCUACAGAUUCCAGGUGCUAUGGACCUGUUCCUUACGGACUGAUCAGAGGACGCAUUUGCUUUAAGGUCACUUCAUCUUGAGCACAGGCGGUGAGAUUUCUAUGGGAUUAGAGCCACAGAGGGCAUUCAUUCUUCAUCCUCUCUUUCCCUUCAUGCUGGUCCCCUCGUGCCAUCUAUGAAAGACCAUGUUGUGAAGAGACACAGGCAGUCAAGGGAGACAAAGGACAAAGCAUGAAAGAAUGUCCUUCAUUCCCUAGGACUAUUUCCUUUUUUCAUCCAAGACCAGCCUACAUGUAAUUAGUGAAUGUUCUCCUGGGAGUAUUCAGUAGUAUGAAGAGCUAUAUGUCUGGAGAGAAAGCUUGCUUACUGUCACCAUCACUCUCUGGCACUCCUGCUUGUACUUGGUCAUGAUUUGUGCUCCUCCUUUUUCUACAUAAUAGUCCCCUUCUCACAGGAGCCCAGUGGAGCUUGAGAGCCCCUGAUGAUGGCAGGCAUUCCAUCCCCAUAGACCUAUCUGCGUGGUAAAAACUUACCUUGGGAAACAAUUCCAUAGGCUCAGAGGUUUGGUGUUUGCAGUUAAGUUGCCCAUCUUGAAAAUGCAAAUGUACAUCUCACAACUCCAUUUACUGGAAGGUCAUGUUCAUGGAACUCUCUUUUACUCCUAGAUGCAUCAAAGCCAUAUACUUUGUCUUCUAAGUAGUUUACAAGGCAGAAACUUUGACCUUGAAAGGUAUUUUCUAGAGAUGUAUUUACUUUCUAGGCUGAAAAAAAACAUUUGUGGGGGUCUCCAUAGCAAAGCAGGCCGUGUAUAAAUUAGUCUUCAGCCACUGUGGAAUGACAGAAGAGAGUGGAGCAUCUCCUGUGUGAGCAAAGCUGAGGGAACUGGGCUCUAACUUGGCACAGAGGAGCCUGAAGGGUGACCUCAUUCAUGUUUAUAAAGGUGAAGAACAGUGGUGGGAUGACAGAGCCAGGCUCUGCUCAGUGAUAGGACAGAGGGCAAUGGGAACAAACUGGAGCAGAGGAUGUUCCAUAGGAACAAAAGGAAAAACUUGAGCUGUGAGUGACAGAACACUGGAACUGUCCAGAGGGUUGUGGAAUCUCCUCUGGAGACAUUCAAAACAUCCACCUGGAUGUGCUCCUGUGUUAUCUGCCCGAAGUGAUCCUGCUCUGGCAGUGGCAGGGGGUGGACUGGGUGAUCUUGCAUCAGAAUCUUCACGUUCUGUGAUGCAGAAUUCAUUACUCCUAGUUAAAGGAACACACAAGUGAGAAGAAAUCACACACACUGCCAGCCAAAGAGCUAGAACAAUGAUGCAGUUUAUGAACCAUGUAGAACACUAACAACUGAAAAUACUGGACUUGAUGUUGUGCUUAAAAUCUCCUGACUUUAUUUUGCAGAUAUGGCCUCUCCAUGACUUUGGAUUUCUACGUGCAAGUCCCAAUGGCCACAGAUUUCUUGAUGAUUAAGAGAUUUCAGCGACUGUUGCCAGCUUUCACCAUAUUUUCUACUUAGAUCAAUGGAACUAUUUUUGUUUAGAAUAAACACAAGUGUUACUCCAUGAA